AAUCACUCAUUAACCUUCCUCCUUGUGGCUCUCUUCCCUGACAGUCUAUAGAGCUGUGAACUGAGUCCGGUGAAGGUGCUGGAUUGCUAACAGAGGAGGGAACUCCUGGCCUCAGGAAACCCCUCAGACUGGAAAAGACCAGAAGAAUCCAGUGGGGGAGUAGAGAAAACAUUCACGACAUUGGCAGAGUGUGGAGCACUUGAGGUCAGUCGCCCCCGCGAAAAGGGCAGCGUGGGCAAGCCGCUGGGGUGCUGGCUAGGGAGAGGAGAGUGCUGGGAGUGGGCAGCCAGCGCUCGCGAGUGGGAGGCUCGGGCGGCGGCGGCUCAGCCUGUCCGGGGCGCUCGGGAUCACCAAAGCGCAGCUUCGAGCAGCGCAGCGCACUGCAAGGGAGAUUGGAGAGCAACCCACGGGGCGGCCGGGAGCCCCCGGCAGCUCCCCCCACUUCUCCGACCAGCCAGCCAGCCAGCCAGCUACCCCUCUGCCUCUGACUUCAGUUCAGCUCCACCCCCGUGUGGCGGCGGCUCCCUCUGUCAAAAACUGCGCUCGGCGGCAGCACUAGCCCAGCCCCGGGAACCAGCUACACCUGCCCCAGCGCCCUCUCUGCUUCUGUCCUCCCGCCCCCAACCCGUCCAACUUGAAUGGAGUUGGGGUCCUGAACCCCCUCAAUACCAGGUCAAAGGAGACCCUUCUACUUCCAUUCCCUGUUCCGGACCCUCUUCUCUUAUCUGCUCAGCUCCAGCUAUGGGAAAAGUUGGCGGAGGCAGCAGCGGCGGCGGUGGCUCCCCAACCCGGCUUGGCGCGCUACUUGCCCGCACUGGGAUCUUGCUUCUAUGCGCCCGGGGCGCCUGUGGCGGGGGCGGCGGUGGGGGAGGCUCCUGUUGCCCCCCAGCCUCCCCAGGAUCGCCCCAGCGCUGGACACCGGCCCGAGCUGGGACACCCCCACUGGGGCCUCAAGAGGACCCGGGGCCGGCGGCUGUUUCUGGGGAGCAGAGGCGCUCCGGGGCUCCUGCCAAGCUGGGUAGAGCUCCCGCGGCUAUCACGCCGUUCCCCCGCCGCCCAGUGUUUACUGUGGCCCCCGGGGACAGGGCUCUAUCCCUCCAGAGGUGUCCGAGCAGCGAUAGUGUGGCCGGAGGACUUCGCUCCAUCCGGAGGAGACGGAGUGGAGUGGAGCAAGAAAAGGAAGAUCGGGACAACAGCGAGGGCAGGCGCCCACGGGGGCCACCAGGGGAUGGAGGGCAGCCGGAGCCUGGCAAAGCCACCCGGUUCCGACUGGAGGAGCUGAGACUGACAAGUACCACGUUUGCGCUGACCGGGGACUCAGCACACAACCAAGCCAUGGUCCACUGGUCAGGUCACAACAGCAGUGUGAUUCUAAUUUUGACGAAGCUCUACGACUAUAACCUAGGGAGCAUCACUGAGAGCUCACUUUGGAGGUCAACAGAUUAUGGGACAACCUAUGAGAAGCUGAAUGAUAAAGUUGGUCUGAAGACAAUUUUGAGCUAUCUCUAUGUCUGCCCUACCAAUAAGCGCAAGAUCAUGUUACUCACAGACCCAGAGAUUGAAAGCAGUUUAUUGAUCAGCUCUGAUGAAGGGGCAACCUAUCAAAAGUACCGGCUGAACUUUUACAUCCAAAGCCUACUUUUCCAUCCCAAGCAAGAGGACUGGAUACUGGCAUAUAGUCAAGACCAAAAGUUAUACAGCUCUUCAGAAUUUGGGAGAAGAUGGCAACUUCUCCAGGAAGGAGUCGUCCCAAACAGAUUUUAUUGGUCCGUGAUGAGGUCAAACAGGGAACCAGACCUUGUACAUCUGGAGGCCAGGACUGUGGAUGGCCAUUCACAAUACUUAACCUGCCGGAUGCAGAACUGCUCAGAAGCCAACCGAAAUAAGCCUUUCCCUGGCUACAUUGACCCUGAUUCUCUGAUUGUUCAGGAUGAUUACGUUUUUGUUCAGUUGACUUCAGGAGGACGACCACAUUAUUACGUGUCUUAUCGUAGGAAUGCAUUUGCACAGAUGAAGCUACCCAAGUAUGCCCUGCCUAAGGAUAUGCAUGUCAUCAGUACAGAUGAGAAUCAAGUAUUUGCAGCAGUCCAGGAAUGGAAUCAAAAUGAUACCUACAACCUCUACAUCUCGGACACACGUGGCGUCUACUUCACCCUAGCUCUGGAGAAUGUGCAAAGUAGCCGAGGGCCUGAGGGUAACAUCAUGAUAGACCUCUAUGAGGUAGCAGGGAUAAAGGGAAUGUUCUUGGCUAACAAGAAGAUUGACAACCAAGUGAAGACUUUUAUCACAUACAACAAAGGAAGAGACUGGCGGUUGCUGCAGGCUCCUGACACUGAUCUGAGAGGGGACCCUGUGCAUUGCCUCCUGCCCUACUGUUCCCUGCAUCUUCACUUAAAGGUCUCUGACAACCCGUACACUUCUGGAAACAUUGCCAGCCGUGACACAGCUCCAAGCAUCAUUGUGGCUUCAGGUAAUAUUGGUUCUGAGCUGUCUGACAAUGAUAUCAGCAUGUUUGUGUCUUCAGAUGCCGGGAACACCUGGAGGCAGAUCUUUGAAGAAGAGCAUAGUGUUCUGUACCUGGAUCAAGGUGGGGUCUUGGUUGCUAUGAAACACACAUCUCUGCCGAUCCGACAUCUCUGGUUAAGUUUUGAUGAAGGGAGAUCUUGGAGUAAAUACAGCUUCACUUCCAUCCCUCUUUUUGUGGAUGGAGUCCUGGGUGAACCUGGGGAAGAGACCCUGAUUAUGACAGUAUUUGGACACUUCAGCCAUCGUUCUGAAUGGCAGCUGGUCAAAGUAGACUACAAGUCUAUAUUUGAUAGGAGGUGUGCUGAGGAAGACUACAGACCUUGGCAGCUUCACAGCCAGGGAGAGGCAUGCAUUAUGGGAGCCAAGAGGAUAUACAAAAAGCGUAAAUCAGAGAAGAAGUGCAUGCAGGGAAAAUAUGCAGGAGCCAUGGCUUCUGAACCAUGUGUUUGUACAGAAGCUGAUUUUGAUUGUGACUAUGGCUAUGAGCGACAUAGCAAUGGUCAAUGCCUACCUGCAUUUUGGUUCAAUCCAUCCUCCCUCUCAAAGGAUUGCAGCCUGGGACAGAGUUACCUCAACAGUACCGGGUACAGAAAAGUGGUCUCCAACAACUGCACAGAUGGGGUGAGGGAACAGUAUACUGCCAAGCCCCAGCAGUGUCCUGGCAAGGCCCCCCGAGGCCUCCGCAUCAUCACCUCUGAUGGGAAACUGACUGCAGAACAAGGACAUAACGUCACCCUCGUGGUACAGCUGGAAGAGGGUGACCUGCAAAGGACACUCAUCCAGGUGGACUUUGGUGAUGGCAUUGCAGUAUCUUAUGUCAACCUAAGCUCUACUGAGGAUGGGAUCAAACAUGUCUACCAGAAUGUGGGCAUUUUCCGAGUGACUGUGCAGGUGGACAACAGUCUGGGGUCUGACAGCGCCGUCCUGUACUUACAUGUAACUUGUCCCUUGGAGCAUGUUCACUUGUCUCUUCCCUUUGUCACCACCAAGAACAAAGAGGUGAAUGCGACAGCUGUGCUAUGGCCCAGCCAAGUGGGGACCCUGACUUACGUGUGGUGGCAUGGGAAUAACACAGAGCCACUGAUUACCCUGGAGGGAAGCAAAUCAUUUAAGUUCACUUCCGAAGGAAUGAACACCAUAACAGUGCAGGUCUCGGCCGGGAGUGCGAUUCUGCAGGACACAAAAACCAUCGCAGUAUAUGAGGAAUUCCAGUCUCUCCGCCUUUCCUUUUCUCCAAACCUGGACGACUAUAACCCAGACAUCCCAGAAUGGAGGCGCGACAUUAGCCGGGUCAUCAAAAGAGCCCUAGUUGAAGCCACUGGUGUUUCAAGCCAACACAUAUUGGUGGCAGUGCUUCCAGGCUUACCCACAGCUGCUGAACUCUUUGUCUUGCCCUAUCAAGACACUACUGGGGAAAAUAGAAGAUCAUCAGAGGACCUAGAGCAGAUAUCAGAACUGAUGAUUCACAAACUGAACCAAAACUCCAUCCAUUUUGAGCUAAAACCUGGAAUCCGUGUUCUUGUUCAUGCUGCCCACUUAACAGCAGCCCCCCUUGUGGACCUUACCCCAAGUCACAGUGGGUCAGCAAUGCUGAUGCUGCUCUCUGUGGUGUUUGUAGGGUUGGCCGUGUUCGUUAUCUACAAGUUCAAAAGGAAGAUCCCGGGCCUUAAUGUUUAUGCCCAGAUGCAGAAUGAGAAAGAGCAAGAGCUGAUCAGCCCAGUCAGUCACAGUGAAAACAGUCCCAAUAUCACUCAGGCUGAGCUGAGGAACCCUGGCCCACUUAUAGAUGAGAAGUUGGACCCACAGCCCAUAGGUAAAUAACUCCCAGUAGCCAAUCGCUGGUCAGUCUGAAUAAUAAUUGGCUAAAUCUUUUCUACCCCUUUUCUCAGCUUAAGACCCCUGUCUUCUGCUCUGUUAAUUAACAUUCUUAGUAGGAACUAAGCUAAGCUGUCAAUGUACUUUCUCUCACUUUGUUUUCACUAGGAUAGAAAGUAAAAUCAUAACAUGAGGCCUUCCUGUCUCUAUCCAAUAGGUUUCUCCUUAGUUGUCUCUUGUCUUUCAUAAAACUGCCCUGGGACCCUCACUAACACGCGUGGUUUCUGACAUUUAUGUGAACGAGAGAAAAAAUGUCCUGCUCUGAGAAAACAAAAUCUUUGGGUUUAUGGCAUGGUGGAGGGGUUGGAGUGGGAUGUUUCAGGGAGAGGUAAGUAUGGAUGGAGAGCGGGGUACACCAAACCAAGUGGGAGCUGUAACAGAGAAGAGGAGAGGCUGCAUCCUCUGGCUAAUGGCAGAGGGGGAGCCAUGGCUCCUAAAGGCGUGUAGGGGGAAAUGGUGUGGGCAGGGGUUUCAGAUGCUCCCAAAAUAGAACAGUAAUAUAGAAAGGGUUCUUGUAGGGCAGGAGCGUGGAAGGCAAGGCAUCCUGAGGAUGUGUAUGUUAUGAGAAAGGAGCGAUCAAAUAUUCUAGACUGUAUCCUCAGGGAAUAAAUUUGACUUAAAGAAAAAUGCCUGGGUGGAUGCAAAGGGGAAUGCCAAGUGCCUAUUUUGUUUGCUUAGCUCCCCACAACUAGAAUCCGAGGUGCACUUCGAAUGUAUUUAAGUAGGGCUCCCCCUUUACCUGUAGAAUUGCCGAUUUCAGCUAAGUUGUGCUUGAGAAUCAGAGAGCCAGAGAGGGAUGUGCUGCUCAUGUCCAAAUUGCUAAACAUUCUUCAUGUGGAGGCCCCCCUUCUCCCCUCAGGAAGCUAAACAAUAAAUGGAACCACAUUUUGGAUGGUAACUCUCUCCCUGUGGUUCCUCCAGUCUGUUAGCAUCGGGAGUUGGAGCUGUAAAUGGUCUCAUCUCCGUCUUGUGCUGCAGUCUUGGCUGAUGCAUUUUAUUCAUCAACCAUCCAUCCAUGCUUCACUCUAACUUGAUAAUACCAAGUCGCCUGGAAGCCCCUUACAUAUGACUUUCAAUAUGUUACUGGAAAAAAUGAGUAGCUAAAUGAAAACAUAACCCUGUCUUUAAAUGGAUAUGGUAGAGGUCUGUAGAUGUAUUAAGGGAAAAUUUCAAUGUAAUAACUCUGCCAGUAUUGUAGGUAAUAAUAACAACUGCAGUCACAUCUGGUGUCCAAUUUUCUCAAUGCAUUUUCUUCUAUUUGGGGAGACAGGGUGAUAAAUGUGUAAUUGCUUUGGUUAAAACGAAAAAAGCUUUUCUGUCCUCAGUCCAGAGCAGUAUUCACCCCAUCCAGUCACUUUUAAAGCUUCUAAGUGAAUUUUUCUUGGGUCAUUUGAUUCUCAAUCCUAUUUCCAAGGGUGGGAAGCCCAGUUACUGUUUACCUUAUUAGAGCAGCCAUCCCUCCUUCUCCAGGAGCAUCUCUCAGCAGAUUACAAAGUCUUUGACACCUUUUCAUUUCAAAUGUCAUUAAAUAAGUAAGUGUAACACAUUUUCUCUUAGGAGAGUAGCUUUACCCUCCCCUCCCUCCCCUUCUGCUCAACCUGGUGAAUCGUCUCUCCGAUUGAAAAGAGCAAGACAUGCCACUCCACCUUCUACGCCAAAGCGGGGACCUUCCGGGGCACACUUUACAAUUUAAAGAAAAAAACCCCAAAAGCGGAGACCUGCUGAUCGGGAAAGAAUUUCGCUCUUGUCGAAGUGCAUCAUCGUUUCCUGUCCACUAACUCUAUUUUUUUCCCCUUUGUUGUUCUGUUUCCUAUUUUGCCAGGAAGUAUUUCCAUAGUUGCUGAGAAUCAAAGCACAAAAGAAAUCCCUACCUAUGUAAAUGUUUGAAUGGAGGACGCCAGUAAAAAAAACAAAAACAAAAACAAAAAAACAAAAAACAAAAACAAACAAAAAAACACAUUAAAAACACUCACUGCAUCUGGACUUUUUAAUUCUUCAGACACAGACAACAAGGGUUUUUAGCUUUAAACCUGUGCAUGUGGACAUGAUCCUGAGAACACGUUUGGAGGGGCGGUGUACAGGUGCUCUAUUUUAAUGGAAAAACGCUCCCCUCUUCCCUUCCUUUUCUCUCUUUUUUUCUGAUCCGUCGUGUUUGUAGGAGAUUCGUAAUAAAUAGAGGCCAAGGAAAUCUGCAUGUAUUUUUUUGGAAGUAUUCUUGGCUCUAGAUUUAACAGCAAUUUUAGCACUAUAGCCCACGGGGCUGGGUUAGCCACCCGGGGCCAAUUUCAUAAGACACAAAAGAGAUGCCACACAGGAGUUUUGAAACCUUGGGCUCUUUCUCUGUUAAUUUCCUUUAUUUAUGUCUUCCCAUUUGAUUUCCCUUCUGUCCCUCCAUUGGACAACAGUAGCUCUUCAUGCUCUGUGACUCCAGGGGGGAAAGGGGCAAUCGGUGCAGAUAAUGGGGAACAUCAGUCUGGGAAGAGUGAGCCAGGGAUGUAAGUUGAAAAUGGGCAUUUCUUUCCCAUUCAUUUAUUUCUAGUGGCUCCAACAUCCAUAUAGAAGGGACUUGUUUUCCUCUUCAUAUCACCCUUCAGGGCAGUUAGGAUAUAAGACCUGAUUUUAACACUAAUUUGACCUUUCAUCCAUUAUUUUCCAUGUCUGAACCAAUCAAUUUUUCCUUUGGUCUUUCCACCUCUUAAUUUAACCCUCACUCCUUAGAGGACCAAGGCAUCUAGCUGCUUCAUCUUUCUGUUUUUUGUUUUUUUUUCCACCCUCCUGUCAACCUACUCCUCCUCCUGUUUUUUUUUUUUUUUUUAAUAUAAACUCUGCCAUAGCCUUUCCUGUUAUCUCAUGGACAUUCUCUUUAGACUCUGCCCCAAUGGAUUCCCACUUUUACUAAAGCCUAUUCCAAAUUUCUCUCUGCAUUAGAGUUGCCAUUGAGUGUUGGGAAGUAACCUGGAUCAGUGCAAAAACAUUGUUAGAAGUCAAAAAACGAAAACAAAAACUUGAUUCUACCCUUGUCUUUGCCACUUAUUGUGACCUUGAGCAAUUUCUUCCUCUGUAUGGGCUCUAGUUUUCUCUGUAAAUUGAUGAGUUUGGACCAAAUGGACUCUAAACUCCUUCAAGAGUCUGUAGCUAACCUGGCUCCUAUACAAGAGGAGGAAUCUAGCUCUAUACAUUGUACCCUCCAUCCUAGAUCCCCCAACCUCAAGCCAGGACCCCAUUUUUAAAAAUGUCAAUAGAUUACACCUCAAAAAAAAAAGCUUCAGAUAUGAAAUGGUGCUACUUAAGUCAAUGAGAUUGGGUCAUGUUUGGAGAAGGGAUCCAGAAGGAUUGUUUAUGCCUGACUUAGACUCCUUGUGGUCCAACCAGUGUUUAUUCAUGGAGGCAAUUCAUUUGUAAAUGCUAUAUUUCUAUUACAAUAUAUUUGAUUCAUUUCCCCAUGACCUACCUUCUUCCCACCCCACUUACACACAUAUAACUUUAUGUUGAUGGCUAUCCGAAGAGAGAAAAUGCUACCCAAACCCUUCUCAUUGUAAAGUGGCAAUGUGCAUGUGACUUUAAGCUGACUUAAACUCAAGAAGGGUUGUCAGCACCAUAAUUCAAUUAAAGGAAAUCCAUUUUAGAAACUACACAGAUCUAAAAGAAAUAAACUGAGGUUUGUUAGAUAGUGGAGAUGAUAUUUUUGGCUAUCUUGAUGGUCCCGGUAGUACACAAACACAUACAUAUCCAUGGAUAUUCUGUUUUCAAUAGAAGAGGGGAAAGUAAAUGAUAAAAUAGACAGAACUCAGCAAAGCAAAUCAGUAAAACAGUAUGAUGGCAUUCAAAUUAUUCCAGGAUCUUUUCUGGUGUGGACCAGAAAAACCAAAGAAGGAAUAGGCUUGAAAACAGAGGACAUUUAGGAGAAAGCCCCAAAGACUUAGGAGUACAGAGACCAACCACAAUUGUGGGAAAAGGCAGUUUCAUAUUUUCAUUUUAGAGCUUAAUCUCAUCCCUUGCCUGGGGCCUUAACACAGGACAUGAUCGUUUCUGGUAACUGGUGUAGUGAGUGCAGCAUCUAUCAUUAGAUGAGCCCCAGCAGGGAAUGUAUAUGUUCCCUUUUGCCUCAGCUCUAGAAUAUGGGUUGUUUGGGAGCAGCUUUAUAGGUUUUGCUAACAGGAUUUUUCUGCUUGGGAAUCCAAGAUUAAAUUUAGGAAUUGGAUGCCUUUGGUAGUUACUACUUUGGUGCUCCCGUCCCACAAGAGACAUACCUGUUGGCCUAUUCCAUUAAAGAUUUCUAUUUGAUUCUGGGAAAUGGAAAGAUUAGAGAAGAGCAGAGAAAGUUUAGCAAGUAACAACAUAGGAAAGUUUUAGAUGUAGAGUUCCAAUGUCAUUAAAUGGAGAAAAAGAAUCAUCUUCUUGACCUAGCAUUGGAAUAGGGGUAGACAUUAAAUGUUGGUCAUUACGGAGAUGAGUCACUGAUGACCACUUUGAAAAAGAGCAGCUUGUGUGAUCUGAGAAUGAGUAAGCUGAAGAGGGGUGGGAAAAGCAUUGGAUUGUAGAAGUUGAGAUGUAGACCCCAGCCCUGGCUUUGCCAUGAACUGAAGUCAGUAUCCUUCUGGGGGCUUCAUUUUUCUCAUUUUGAAAAUGAGGCAAUGGCACUAGAUGAUCUCUAAGGUACCAUCUUGCUAUGAUAUUCUGUUCCUAAGAGGAUCUACUUAUCAACAAGGCCACCAUCACCACCCCUACAUCCUCCCAUUCUCUUGAAGAUUACCCCUGAAAUGCAGGCACUAGGCCAAAGAGUUACUGGAAGAAUUAGUUCUUUUCUCCCCUGUGGGCCCAGUUAUGUCUUUGAAAGGAGGCAUUUAGGAGGAACAGGGAUCCAGAGGGGACCAAGAGCCUACCCCUAUUUAUCAGAGGGAAACAGAGAGGGAACUACAGCAAGAACCUGGUGAGUUUAAGGAGUGUUUGGUCAAAAAAUGGAGGAGCCAUUAUAAGAAACAAGCAAGGUACAAGGCAAACCCAGUCAGGACUUCCUUUAAGCCCUGGAGGAAAAAUGUGCAAACCUCACCCUAAACUAAGGGCCAGCAGCUUCCUUGCCUUGUUGCUAAUUAGACUCAUCCCUCCAAAAUGCAGAGGUUGGCUUUGCUUUUUUCAGGAGUUCCAAACAGCAACUUCUAGAGCGAUGGGACACUUGACAGCUGUUCUGUGUUUUCCAGAAUUCCAACUGAGCAUUGAAAUCCCUCAUUAGCCAACUUAUUUUUAUAGGAAGCCAAUUAAAAAAUGAAAGUUUUCUUAUUGUAUUGGAACUACUUCUAAUUUUAAAAUGACUUUUUUGAUGUAUUUUUUUGGUUAAAUAAGAUGUAGUGUAAUGUAUAAUUGCUAUUGUUUAUUGCUUUUACAAUCAUAUUUAUUAAACAGAUAAUGUCUCUAA